UCCAGAAAUCAUCGACAUUAUGAAUCAGUGUGUAUAAAUACAGGUGGGAGUCGUAUAUGCGUCAGCAACAGGUGUCGAAUCGCGAGAAAGCGUUCUCGCCGUUCAUACUUUCAGUGUAAGAGCUCGACGAAUGGGGCCGAUGGAAAUUCUAGAGAAAUAAAAACUAGAACGUGUCCAAACACCAUAAAGCAGGGUAGACGCUAUGGAGAGGACACAGGGAGCGACGUACGUGAACGGAGACAAUCAUCUUCUCGAUUAUUGGGAGGAGUAUGAAAAAAUGAUAGAAGAAACCAAGCUGUUGGACGAUUAUCUAGAAGAGGAAUGUCCACGUAACUACGACGAUGGAGAGGAAGAGGCCGAAUGGUUACGUACAGCUGGAUUGGGACAACUGACGGAAGCGUGGAAGGCCGGGAAGGAAGUGCCAUCGGAAGAAUUGGGAGCUGCGUUGCGUCCUUUAUCGCGAGCGCAAGCGGAGGCGGUGAAACGACGCGUUAAGUCACUUAAUCAUACGGUGAAACAGCGUUUCAAUCAGCGGCAGCGUGUUCGCAAGCCCGACAUCAGGGACGUCUUUAAGGACGUGGAGGCCUCGAGCACGGGAACGAGAUCGCGCAGCGCUACGCCCGAUUCGUUGGAUUCCGUAACAGGUGCCACGCCGGAAAAUACUUCGCCUCCGCCGUCAACAGGUGCUGGCGUCAUCGACGCCCAUCAUCCAAGCGAUGUCACCGUGCCAAACUUUGUGUCGAUGUUUCAACGGACGUCGAACGAAGGCAAAGAAACGAUACGGAGAACUCCAAGCGCACCAUCGGGUACAGUGAACGCUGUGCCAGGACCACCGGCGACAUCAUUUCCCGUUCAGGAAAUCUUCCGACGUGCCGGAAACUGGUUACGGGGAGACGUCGCGAACGAUUCAGAAGGUAUCCAGCUGACUGGAUAUCACAGGCUAGGAACGAUACACGUGUCCAGAUCAACGGUACAAAGACGGAGCGGAAGCGAUCCCAAUGAAAUAGCGAACUCGACGAGCAUAACGAACGAACCCACGGAGAAAUUGCACGUUCCCAAGGAGUCGACGUUGAGAAGAAACUCGGGUAGCCACGCAACCGUGAGCCGAAGCCACAGCAGUUUAUACGGAUUAAUUCGACCGGCGGACGAGGGCUUGAUAACGCAUCCGUUGAGUCGCACGUCAUCUCACGGGCAUUUAAGCUUCGAGGAAAUGUGCAGAGCUAACGAAGUGAAGUCCCAAGUCUGGCCCGGAAAUCCCGAAUCAUUCGUAUCCGACGAUAUACAGAGGCGACUGGGCGUUGAGACGUUAUCGCAGCGAGAUCUGACCAGGUUGCAGUCGCUACUGUGGCUGGAAUUGACCGCUGUCUUCGAUAAAUACAACUUACCGUUAAAGAAACGCAACCCAAACAAACGUCGAACGAAAGCUGGAAACUUGUUCGGCGUGUCGUUGUCCACCCUGUUGCUUCGGGACAGCCAGUUGACGUCCGAGGAGAACAAUAUUCCGCUAGUGUUCCAAAAAGUUCUUACCGAAUUGACGAAACGCGGCGUAAAGGAAGAGGGCAUUCUUCGCGUCGGAGGUCACAAGCAGAAAGUCGAGUCGAUAUGCGUACAGUUGGAAACGGAUUUCUAUUGCAAACCGAGAGAGAUGGACAAGUUAUUCAAGCGCAUGCCGUGUCACGACUUGUCGGCGGUAUUGAAAAAGUUACUACGCGAUCUACCGCAACCGUUGCUCACCGUCGAGCUUAUCGACGCUUUCUACCAGAGUCACGGAGUGAAGGAUCGGCAAGAGAUGUCGCACUCGUUGAAUUUGCUGGUUCUACUGUUACCGAUAGAGCAUCGUUGUACCUUGAAAGCGCUAGUAACGUUCUUAAAACUGGUCGUCGAGAAUCAAACGGCGAACAAAAUGUCGAUCCAUAACGUGUCGAUGAUAGUCGCACCGUCCCUGUUUCCACCGCGGUACGUUCAUCCCUGCGAUCGUACCGAUCUGACCGCUCAGGUUAACAUGGCCGCCAUAUGCUGUCGGGUGACAGAGGCUCUUCUCAGCAACGCGGACAUGUUGUGGUACGUAUAA